AUGAAGAUCCCUGCUGGAACCAUCCUCCCUUUCGCGCCCUGGAUCGCUCCCAAGGCGGCGCUGAGAGGGGUCCAGGACAUCACGUCCGAGUCUGCUCUGAGCGUCAUCCGCGCCGCGGGCGCCGGCGCAAGCUGCGACUGGUUCGAGCAGCCUGUCGACCACAAGAAUGCGAGCCUCGGAACGUGGCAGCAGCUGUACUGUGUCAACCCCCAGUGGUGGGCGGGCCCGGGAUCUCCGGUCGUUCUGAUGACCCCCGGCGAGAACCCCAUCACAGCCGCCAUCAACUCGGGCCGCGGAUACACGUACCUGGACAACACGACCCUGUCGGGCGCGUACGCCCAGGCCCUCGGGGCUGCCGCAGUCGUGGUUGAGCAUCGGUAUUUCGGCGGAUCCUCUCCGUACGACGGCUUCGACUCGGAGACGCUCCAGUACCUCACCAUGGAGCAGGCCGCAGCAGAUAUCGUGGCCUUUGCGCAGAACGUGACGUUCCCGUUCGACAAGAACCAGACGAGCGUUGCGUCCAAGACGCCGUGGGUCUACUGGGGAGCGUCCUACUCGGCCACGCUGGGCAGCUGGAUCGAGCAUUUCAAGCCCGGCGUGUUCCAUGCGUUCCAUCUCAGCAGCGCCUCCGUCGAGGUCAACACCGACAACUGGUACUACUACGACACCAUCCGCAAGGGGAUCGACAGGUACCGCAACGACACGAGCUGCAGUCUCGCUCUCAACGAGGUCGCCAAGUACGUCGACAGCUUGCUGCUGGCACCGGACGUCAACCAGACCAAGGUGGACGCGCUGAAGCAGUUCUUUGGCGCCACUUUCCCAAUUGCGGAUGACGAUUUUGCCUACGCGAUUGCAACACCGUUCAGGUACUGGCAGGAGACGGGCGGCUACCGCGACGUGCUUGAGAUGUGCGAUGCCGUGGUCGGCGUCAACGACACGGUCGAGGACAAGGUGCUGGGCACGGUGCCGGCCUCGGUGGUCAACUACGCCGCCUACUUCCGGAUGAACUUCCGCGAUUCGACCUGCACGUACUUCGACGUCUGGGGCCAGGAAGACCCGCUGUGGUGCCUCAACACGCACGACCUGCUCAACCCCUUCUUCGAGGCGCGCACGCUGGGCAACCCGUGGCGCACCUGGUACUGGUUCCUGUGCAACGAGCCGCUGGCCUCGUGGGCCACGGGCGCGCCCGCCGACCAGCCGCUGUCGAUCGUGUCGCGCAAGAUCGACAGCCACUACUGGCAGCGCCAGUGCGAGAUGCACUUCCCGCCCGAGAACGGGCAGAAGUACGGCAGCUCGAAAGGGUUGACCCCGGAUACCCUGAAUAAGGAGACCGGCGGGUGGGGUAGGAGGUCGACGAGGGUUAUCUGGACGAGCGGUGAAUUCGACCCCUGGCGAGCGACCAGCAUGUCGAGCGAGGUGCGGCCCGGCGGCCCGCUGCCGUCGUCGGACGACGUCGCUGUCUUCCUGAUCAAGAAUGCCGAGCACGCCGAUGAUGCCUUCACCGCGAGGGGGCUGGCCAACCUGAACAUGAAGGUCAACCCGGAGGUGGCCAAGGUGCAGGACCAGGCGCUGCAGAUCAUGAAGAAGUGGGUGAGCGAGGCCCUUGUCGCCCACACUGGAACGUAGAGAGGUUGAGAGGGUUUAGGAGGCUGGAGGGAGAUGGGGGUGGCUCAUCGUUCCGUGUUUUAUGAUUUGGAAUGCAGUUAGGUGUAUGAUACGAGUGACGUGCAGAAGAUACUGAUAUCUGG